AAAAAGUUGAAUUUUUUUGGAAAGACGACAAAUUUAUAGCUUAAGAAAUGGGAUCAGAUGAACGAAACUUAACAACGGGAUCAUUAAUUUGUGAUAAGUAUAAGAUAUGCGAACCGAUAGGAAAGGGAGGGUUUGGUAUUUGCUAUGCUGGUGAGGACUUGACAACCGGUGAGAAAGUGGCCAUCAAAUUGGAUUCAAAGACAGGAAAUUCAAAAUCAUCAGUUUUGCAUGAAAUCACGAUUUAUAGGGAUUAUCUAAAACCCAUUAAUUCAUGUAUACCAGCGAUCUAUUGGUACGGUAGCCAAACACAGUUGGGUAAUGUAAUUGUUAUGCAAUUAUUAGGACCUAAUUUGGAAAAAUUGUUUCAAUUGUGUGAUAAAAAGUUUUCGCAAAAGACUAUCCAAAUGAUUGCCUUUCAGAUGAUUGAAAUCAUGAAAACCAUUCAUAGUAUGGGACUUAUACAUAGAGACAUCAAACCAGAGAACUUCUUAUUGGGCUCAGGUAUACAUUCAAAAAGAUUAUUUAUCAUUGAUUUUGGUCUUUCCAAACCAUAUAAGGACAACCAAACGGGACAACAUAUCGACUUUAAUACUACCGCACGAAUGACGGGAACACUCAGGUAUUGUUCAAUCAAUGCUAAUAAAGGACAUGAACAGAGCCGUAGAGAUGAUAUGGAAUCGUUGGCCUAUAUUAUGGCUUAUUUGCAUUUAGGUUCACUUCCCUGGCAGGGCAUCAAAGUUAGACAAACCAUUUCCAGACAAAAAGCUGUCCAAGAGAUUAAAGAGACGACACCAAUGAAACAUUUGUUUAAAAACGCGUCCAAUGUUUUUGUAGAUUUUCUUUUUGAAUGCAAACAUUUAGAUUUCAAAGAAGAACCCAAUUAUGAGAUUUGGAGGACAAGAUUUGGUCAAUUGAUCGACGAAUUUGACUAUAAGUAUGAUUGGGACAGAUUUGGUCAUAAUUUUGAUUAA